CAUGAGAAAGAUAGCCAGGCUGGAAGACCAGAGGAGGGCGAUGGCCGGAACAGCGCUCUCCGAGGACGAGGAGAAGCGCUGGCUCUACGAGCAGAUGGCGGCUCUGCAGCAGAAGAUCCGCCGCCUCGAAUCCGGCCAGGACGGCGGUGCCAGCGACAAUCAGGCCCUGCCGGCGUCCGAGGCGGCUACCAAGACCGGGCUGGAGCAGAUCGAUCGAGAAAUAGUGCGACUUCGUCAGCAGGUGGAUGCCAUGUCGCUGUCGUCGUCCUCGGAUGAGCAGAGCUCUGGUAGCGGUGACGGCGCCCCCCGUCUGUACCGCGCGGCGGGCCCUGGCCAGCCGGCCGGCGCUGUCUGGACCAGUGACCCGCCGGACUCCAGAACCUCCUCCCAGUCGAGCCCGGCUCAGCUGGCGGCCAGCGGCGGCGGCCGGGCCGAGCUGGUGCUCUCGCUGCUGCAGCUGCUGCGCUCGGCCGACCACCAGCUGGUCAGCAGCACGCUGCUGACCAUGACGUCCAGCACGGAGAGCUGCGCGGCGCUGCGGCGCGUGCGCGCCGCAGCCGCGCGGGCGCUGCACAACCUGCUGCGCGACUUCACCGAGAGCCUGUGGCAGCGCGCCGACGAACAGGACCAGCCGGUGCUGCUGGACGACUCGCUGCAUCAGCACCCAGUGGCGGCGGUGGUGGAGUUGGUCAAGCUGUCGUUCGACGAGCAGCAGCGGAGCGCGCUCUGCCAGCUGGGCGGCCUCUACAGUCUGGCCGAGCUGGUGCAGGCCGAGCACGAGACGCACGGCCCGGCCACCGGCCACCCGGCCUGCAACACCACCCGCAGGUUCGCCAGCAUGGCGCUCACCAACCUGACGUUCGGCGACGGCACGAGCAAGGCGUUGCUGUGCGGCCAGCGCGCCUUCAUGCGCGCUCUCGUCACGCAGCUUCACUCACCCAGCGAGGAGCUUGUGCAGGUGACCGCCAGCGUGCUGCGUAACCUGUCGUGGCGCGCCGACUCGGCCAGCAAGCAGGCGCUGCGUGAGGCGGGCGCCGUGACUGCGCUGACGCGCGCCGCGCUCGCCACGCGCCGCGAGCCGGCCCUCAAGCCGGUGCUGUCUGCGCUCUGGAACCUCUCUGCCCACUGCGCCCUCAACAAGGCGGACAUUUGUGCUGAGGAGAACGCGCUGUCUUUCAUCGUCAAAACGCUCAACUACGAGUCGCCAUCCAAAACGCUUGCCAUCGUGGAGAACGGUGGCGGCAUUCUCAGGAACAUCUCUAGUCAUAUUGCCGUUCGUGAGGACUACAGGCAGGUGCUGCGUCAGCACGGCUGCAUUGCCACCCUGCUGCAGCACCUGAACUCGCCCAGCCUCACCGUGGUCAGCAACGCCUGCGGUACGCUCUGGAACCUGUCGGCGCGCUGCACGCUCGACCAGCGCGCCCUCUGGCGGCUGGGUGCCGUGCCGCGGCUGCGUGCGCUCGUGCACAGCCCGCAUCAGAUGAUCCCGCUCAGCACGUCCUCGCACGAGGACGAGAGCGACCAUCUGACGGACUUCAGCGCCCGCUACGCCGAGGGCCGCGAGGAGGACACGGCCGUGUUCAAGAACCGGCCGCUCGACGAGGACAUGGUGCACACGUACGCCACCGAGGGCACGCCGCGCCAGGCGGGCACGCCGUACAACUUCAGCUCGGCGCCCGCCUCGGCGCUCGAAACGCCGCUCAUCUUCUCGCGCUCGAGCUCGGUCGGCUCGCUAAGCAGCCUGGACGGCGCCAACGUCGCCGGCGAGCAGGGCUCCGUGGCCAGCGAGUACAGCCGACAGGUCAGCGGCGCCGUCUCGCCCAGCGACCUGCCCGACUCGCCCAGCCAGAUGCCGGGCACGCCACAGCCGCACCGCAAGCCGGCCAAGCCCGACCCGCGCUCCAAGCCCGCCCAGUCGGCGUCACCCAAAGCCGCUCCCUCGGACGUGUUCGCCGAGGAGCCGCGCCAGUUCCACCAGGAGGGCACGCCGCUCGAGUUCUCGCGCGCCACCAGCCUCAGCUCGCUGACGCUGGACGAGCCGGUGCCGGCGCCGGACGGCGCCGGCAAGGAGGGCGGCGGGCCCCGGCCGCCCGGCUCGCCGCCGCGCCGUGUGCGUGCCGCCUGGUCAGGAGCUCACGCACAGACCAGCUGGAGCGUCAAGCAGUACCACAGGUACUCGGAACGACAGGCGGCGGCGGCCGCCGCGGCCGAGGCCGGGCCCCCGGGCCGUGCUGUCCCGCCGCUGCCGCCGCCGGCCGUCGAGCGGCCGCGCCAGUACGCCGUCGAGGGCACGCCCAUCAACUUCUCGACGGCUACCAGCUUGUCGGAUCUGACCAUGGACGACCUGGGCGAACCGGAGCCGGAGCCGCAGCUGGGCCCCGCACAGGCGGCGCACCGGCCGCCGCCGCCCGAGGUGCCCACCGUGUACGCCACCGAGGGCUCCCUCAGCUCGCUCAGCAUGCCCUCGAGCGACGGCGACAGCGAGACGGACGACAUGCUGCUGGAGCGCUGUAUCAGCUCGGCCAUGCCCAAGAGUCGCUCGGACGGCGGCCUGCGGCGUGCCGCCCGCUCCAUUGGCUUCUAA